AUGGCAGAGGCGGUUCAUGGAGAGAAAUUGGGUAUCAAUUGGGUCUCCACAUUCAUCAAACGACAUUCCGACCGUAUACAUUCUCGUUUUCAUGACUUCCGUGAGCUUGCACGCCAUCAAGCAGAUACCCCAGAGACUCGACAAGCUUGGUACAAACUAGUCAAGCAUAUCUACACUUCUCACAUCUAUUUCCCUCAUAACAUCUACAACAUGGAUGAAGUUGGCUUCAAUAUUGCUCUCCAACACCGUACACGCACUGUAGCCCCUCGCUCCACUCAUCGUAAAGCCCAAACCCUCCCAACAAAUAGCGAGCAUAUCACAGUUGUCGCCUGUAUCGGCACAGAAUCAGCACCAAUUCCUCCCCUUGUCAUCUAUAAAGGGGAGUCGGUCCUUGAGGGGUGGACAGCGGAACAAAAUCCCCCUAUUCCUCAGCGAGCUAUCACCACCUUUUCUGGAUACUCCAACAGCUAUAUUACAAAGAUGUGGCUAGAGGACAUAUUUGAUCCUGCAACAAAAGCAAUCGCCCGUAAUGGAAAAGAUAGGCGCCUGCUAUUCCUCGAUGGCUUUGAUGCUCAUGUACAACUCGACUUCCUUGAAUCCUGUUGGUCUCGCAACAUUGUUCCUAUCAUUCUUCCUGCCAAUAUGUCAAGCGAAUUUCAGCGUCUCGAUGUUAACUUCUUUGGACCACUCAAAAACGCGUACAAACGACAUCUCCACAAAUACCUCCUUGGAAACACUUCCCCCAGUAUCUCUAAGGGAGUCUUUUACCGUUGGCAUCAGGAGGCAUGGAGAGAGACGGCUCAGAUCAGGCAAUUACGGAGUGCAUGGAGAGACUCGGGUUUGUGGCCAUUGGAUCAGCGAGUGAUGGGUGCGUCUCGAGUCCUUAGUCCACCUCCGUCUGUCCAGAUUGACCCUCCUGUACCAAUAGAUCUUGAAACUUACAAAGCAAAUGAGAGAGGGGUCGGGCAAGGUCGAUAUGCGCGGGCUAAGGUGGAAGAGAAGAAAGCUGCUGGCUUGGAAGGGGCAUUGACACGAGAGAAGUUGAAGGAUCAGGAUAUCAAUCGAUUGCAGGAGACGGCAGCCCUAGAGAGGAUUGUCAGGGGGAGUCGGAAGCGGGCAAGGUAUCCAUUUGGGAAAGCGUUUGAUCCAGAGGAUACAGAAACGUACAGGGAAGAGCUAGCAAGAGAUCAGGAAGCUAAGCGAGUAAAGUUGCAACAAAAACAGAUUGAAAAGCGAAAGGGGAAGGGGAAGGAGAAGGAGAAGGGGAAGGGGAAGGGUACUCCACCGGUUGCAGCUGAGAUCUUGACGGGCAGCCCAAAUCUGGCAGGAGAAGCAUCUGCGGGCCCUUCUCGUCGUCCUCUUAGAUGUUGA